AUGGUGGACUUAGAUGUUUCCCCUGUUUUACCUCUUUCGGAGAGACUGGCUCAACUACGGCCCUCAGCUGAACUCCUUCAAUUUUACCGUGACAAGGUAGCUGAGUACGAUCAAGAUAGAGAAGAGACAUUGGACAGACUGGAGAAGUUCAAGACAGCUGCAGAGAGCCAGCACUCGUCCCAGUGGAAGGUGCAGCAAAAGGACGAGGAGAUCAACGCUCUGCAGAAAGGUAUCAGUGACCUGCAAGUGUGCCUCUUCCAGGAACGUGAACAGGUAUUAAAAGUACACGCAGAGAACGACAGACUGAAGAUACGAGAACUAGAGGAUAGACAGAAGAUACAGCAUCUUCUGUCUCUUAGUGUGGGACCAUCUUCUCAGAGCACAACUUACUUUGUCACCAAACCUCCUCUAAAAAGCAAUGUUAGACCGAAAAAACAGCCGGCACUUCAGAAGAAGAAAGACGAUUUACUGAAAAACGAUGAAAUCGAAAAGAAUAGCUUGCUUUUAACUAUCGAAUCGUUGCAAUCACAGUUACACGACUGCAAGAAGCUGCACUACGACCAAGUGUCAGUACUACGGGAAGAUGGUGAAAUAAGGCGCGCUGAGCACGAGGUUGAGGCGCAGCAUCUUCAGGAACGUGUCCAGCAUCUUGCUGACCAGUUACAAAAAACUCAGGGACUUCUUUACGACAGUACCAAAGACUUCCUGACUUUAAAGUACGAACACCGACAAGCUGAGAGACGCUGGAUCGAAGAGAAAGAUCAUCUACUUAGAGAGCUUGAUAAACUUAAAGAGGACAUUGAUACGACCUGUACGGAGUUAACGGAUACUGGCGAACAAGCUCUUUUGGGUCUUACUGGGAGGCAAGUUAUCGUCACAACCAACAAAAACCUUCAAGUUGAACUUGAUCAGGCAAACAAGCUGUGCGACAUGUACCGCGAACAGUGUUUGACUCUUGAAGAAGAGCUGUGCAAGGUUAAAGAAGAAAACGAUGUUUCCCGUUCUCUGUUCAAAGAACGAACUUCCCAAAUGACAAGACGACUUACCACCAUGAAUUCGAGGUAUGAAGCACUGGAUAGUAGGAGAACGUUAGAAAUGGAAGGGUUCAAGACAGACGUGCAAAUGCUGAGAAAGAAGGUCCACGAUCUGGAGAAACAGUUAUUUAAGGUUUCAUUGGCUGAAAAAGAGAAUCCAGACAUACACGUUCUUAAACACGUUAAAUCAACCGCACAACGGUCCAAGAAGUUGCUCGGAGAAAUAAACUCUGUAAAAUCUAGAUUAUAUUCGGUCGAAAAUAAUAUGCGUGGAAAUUUUUAAUUAUCUAAGAUCUUAGUAUGUUAUGUAGGGAUUUUGACCGAUUUCAGAAGACAGAGCACAGCUAUGGUUAACUCGUUUUUACUAUCAUGUAUUAUUACUUUGUAAUUAUAAAGGGCAGGCAUUUUGUACAUAUAUUUCCAUGCAAUUGUCUAUCAUAUCAGAUUUUUUGUUACUUUAUUUAUCACAUCGUUGUUCAGAAACAGACGUAUUUAGCACAAUUUUAUGUAGUAAAACUUAUAUUAUGCUAUGUAGCCUGGCGUAAUUUAUACUUUGAUAUUUAUAUGUAACAAAUUUUGACUGCUAUAUUAUGACAUGCUAUUAUAUAUACUUUGAUAUCUAUACUUGGAUAUAUUUAAAAUAUCUUAGGACACAUAUACCCAUCGAAAUUACUGAACCUUGAUAUGCGACUAUUUCUCUAAUUGAUGCCUCUC